AUGAGCGACGCGGCGGCUCCCCCUACGACGUCGACGGACAACAGGAAUGCCCUCGUCAUCGGAGUCUCGUCAGCGUUCAUGGCAAUUACGGUACUCUUCAUGGCUCUCAGGGUAUACAUCAGGGGAUACAUCCUGCGAGCAUGGGGACUGGAUGAUUCAAUGUUUAUCUGGGCUUCUAUUCUUGCCAUUGCGCAAUGCGCCGUGGUACAAUGCAUUUCCUUUGCCUUCGCAAAAGCGACCUUUCUGCUCCAAUACCGCCGUGCCUUCGCCCUCCCUAGCAUCAAGAUUUUCUGCGAUGGGUUUUCUGGGGUCUUUUUCGUCAUCGUAUCAGCCAUGCUGAUCUACAGUGGGAUCAUCCUGGACCGGUCUACCUCAAACGGGCAUUCACCAAACGGCAAAAAGCCCGAUCUCUUGGUCUUUGGCUAUGUCAAUGCAGCUAUGCAUCUUGUAACGAACAUCAUCAUCUUCAUACUGCCCAUAGCUCUCGUCCAGAAGAUGCGCCUUGCCCCGACGCAGAAAGUUGGCCUGAUUGCCAGCUUCGGUGUCGGCAUUUUUACCAGCGCGAUAUCAAUCUUGAGAAUAGUCAGUUUGCCAAUCGGUCUCGACAACAACGACCCGACGUACAACAACGUACCACUGGGCCUCUUGAGCCUUGCCGAACCGACAUCGGCCAUCAUAUGCGCGUGUGCCCCCCUCGUGAGGCCGCUGCUGUCAUGGCCCAGAACGUUGAGAUACGGCAGCCAAAGCCCUCAGAGGCCCUGUUCGGAGGUUGUCGGCGGCUCUGAUAAUACUGGCAGAAUGCAUCUGAGGCACAACGGGCCUCCGCAGUCGCCCGCAAGCCCUACGUCUCCGACAACGCCUCGGAUGGCUGGUGUAGUCGAUGUUGAGGGCAGCGUCAAUGGGGACAUUGAAGGCUAUCAUGCGAGCCAGCAAGCAAGAGGGAGCAUUCACGAUAUGGACCCAUUGACCAUGCACCCGUCUACGCCUACCGAGAAACGGCCGGAAUCAUGA